GGGCCGCAGAGAAUUUAUAGCCAAGCGGAAGGGGUCUGUGCACAUGUGCAAAAGGCAGAGCCCCACUUUGCCAGCGGCUGUGUUUCAAACCCUAACCCUUGUGUCGAGCCAACUGUGGCAGGUGGGUAGGCAUCGUGGAAGGAGCUCAGAGCAUGACCUGCACCAACUUACUAGGCUCGUGAAUUCCCAUCCUUCCAUUUCGAAUCAUAUAUGCGCGGAAGGGAAUACCAAACCCAAGUUUUAUUGUCAACAUUUCGAAUUAUCAUCGCUCGCUACCUCCUCGGAGAAUGCCAACCGAUCAGUUUGUGUCGCUCUCACCUUCCCACUGCAAUGCCUCCCUUCUAGGCACACAUCACUUCCGGAUGUUGCUGUAAGUACCUGGAGAUCUCGCCCAUCCCGCUCAGUGACUGCCCGUUUGUUCCCUGGUGGUGAUGUCAUCAUUAUGGCGUGUGGUGAACCCGCAUUCGGUCUCCGACCCCGACUCCUCCCAUGAGAUUCCGGGUUAGCCUUUCAUUGACUACAGUUUCCCUUAUAUCUCGUUGAGCUCGACAUCACGAGAUCUCAAUCAACCACUAGUCCUUCCGCCGUCACCAACUACCUCAUUGAGUUGCCCACCAUGUCGCUCUCACGGUCGACCCCGAAGACAUCAUCC